GGAAGAAUUUUUCAGGCGGUGGAGUAAAUACACAUCGCUAUUCUACAUCGCUACAUAAACCGAACAGUGUGUCGUCUGAACGUCCAGUAUUGCUGAGCUGUCGAGAUGGCUGACCACAGAGAUAAAACUACCGAUCAAAUGAAGCUAUGGAAGGAGAACAGAAGCUCUCAGAGGCCAGACACGCUGACCACAGGGGCGGGCCAUCCUGUUGGAGACAAACUGAACCUGCAGACUGCCGGACCGAGGGGGCCUCUGCUGGUCCAAGAUGUGGUUUUCACAGACGAGAUGGCCCACUUUGACCGGGAACGAAUCCCAGAGAGAGUGGUGCAUGCCAAAGGGGCAGGAGCAUUUGGCUACUUUGAGGUGACUCACGACAUCUCUCGCUACUCCAAGGCCAAGGUGUUUGAGCAUGUCGGCAAAACUACACCCAUCGCUGUCCGUUUCUCCACCGUAGCUGGGGAAUCAGGGUCAGCCGACACAGUGCGAGACCCCCGAGGCUUUGCAGUCAAGUUUUACACUGAGGAGGGCAACUGGGACCUGACAGGCAACAACACCCCUAUUUUCUUCAUCAGGGAUGCCCUGCUGUUCCCAUCCUUCAUCCACUCUCAGAAGCGCAAUCCCCAAACCCACAUGAAAGACCCCGACAUGGUGUGGGACUUCUGGAGCCUGAGGCCCGAGAGUCUGCAUCAGGUGUCUUUCUUGUUCAGUGAUCGAGGUUUGCCUGAUGGCUUCCGUCACAUGAACGGCUACGGCUCUCACACCUUCAAGCUGGUCAAUGCUGAUGGCGAGCGUUUCUACUGCAAGUUCCACUACAAGACUGAUCAAGGAAUAAAGAAUCUGCCAGUAGAGGAGGCAGACCGCCUGGCUUCCACCAACCCAGAUUAUGCUAUUGGAGACUUGUUCAAUGCCAUUGCCAAUGGCAACUUCCCAUCCUGGACCUUCUACAUCCAGGUCAUGACUUUUGAGCAGGCUGAGAUGUUCCAGUUCAACCCCUUCGACCUUACCAAGGUUUGGUCACAUAAAGAAUACCCUCUGAUCCCCGUGGGCAAAAUGGUACUCAACAGGAACCCAGUCAACUACUUUGCGGAGGUGGAGCAGCUGGCCUUUGACCCCAGCAACAUGCCACCGGGCAUCGAGGCGAGCCCCGACAAGAUGCUGCAGGGUCGUCUGUUCUCCUACCCAGACACACAUCGACACCGACUGGGAGCCAACUACCUGCAGAUCCCCGUCAACUGCCCCUUCAGGGCCCGUGUGAACAACUACCAGCGUGAUGGUCCGAUGUGCAUGUUUGACAACCAAGGUGGCGCUCCAAACUACUAUCCAAACAGCUUCAGUGCUCCAGAGACCCAGCCUCAGUUUAUGGAGUCCAAGUUCAAGGUGUCCCCAGAUGUGGCACGUUACAACAGCGCAGAUGAUGACAAUGUCACGCAGGUUCGUGCCUUCUACAUGCAGGUGCUUAAUGAGGAGGAACGCCAGAGACUUUGCCAAAACAUGGCAGGGGCCCUGAAGGGAGCCCAGCUCUUCAUCCAAAAACGCAUGGUGGAGAACUUGAUGGCUGUCCACCCAGACUAUGGAAAGAGCGUCCAGACCCUUCUCAACAAGUACAAUGAGGAGGCCAAGAAGAACACAAAUGUGCGUGUUUACAGCCGUCCAGGAGCCUCAGCCAUGGCAGCGUCCUCCAAGAUGUGAUGCCUCUAAUUCCCACCGGGGGCAGCCCCCCCCCUUUUAUCCGAGAGCAAAUGCACUUGUUAUCAACUGCUACUACCAGGAAAAAGAUUGAACUUAACUUUCCAAUUACGAGACUGAAAUACUAACCGUGUAGUGUCUGGGUUGGGGUUAGUUCAUUUUCAAUUCAGGUGAUCCAAACAGUUGAUUUUCUUUAAAAUCCUCAAAGGUCGCUAUGUUCAGAAGGCUCUUGAUCUCUGAUAAAACCUUGUUGAGUAGAUUUGUCUUGACUGAACAGCUGUUUUGAAAAAAAAUCACAGGGAUUUGUUUGUUUUUUACAAAUGAAAACGUAGACCAUCAUGGUGUGUAAUGCUGACUGGUGACACAUGCCAAAUUUUAGUGCUUGACUUUUACCACAUAAAGCCUUGAAAGUAAUUUUAUUUUAUUUGCAUUGCAAUUUGAAUACAAUUCCUUAACCCCCAACUGCUGUGAAGUACUAAGAUGAGUGAUGAUUGUUUCCCAUAAUUCCUCAGGUUGUGUGUACUACUAUGCCGCGAUCGUCCAAGUCUUUUCUAAAGAUAAAGUUUAAAGGAACCAAAUCCAGCUGUUCAAAAUGUCUCCUGUCAACAUUCAAAUUUGUCAAAAAGAAAAAUGUAUGUCAUGUCUGACAUGUACUGCAGGAAAAUCUUAAAUCUGGGUUCAAGUGGGUAAAAUAUCUCGAUUUGUUCUGCAGUGUUUUUGUUUUCACUAUGAGCGGCGAUCAACUUUUGUAAGUUUAACUCGUGUGACCACUUAAAAUUUGAAAGCACCACAGACAAUAAUUAUGAAAAACAGCAUAUUUCAUGUUAAAUGAGCAGGAGUUGUGCCUUUUUUGUGUACUAAAACUACAAAGUACAGGUUACGAUGAGUUGCUCGGUUUCAUGUUGUAGUUUUCAUCUGUCCAUACUUGUGUAUGUGUGUUAGUAACAUGAGUAACUUGAUGGAUGGAGAUGGUGGUAAAUACACAGUGAGUAAUAAGUUCUGAUUUGAAUUCAAAAGCUUUUUUCAACAGCACACAAAUUUCCCCCAUUGUGGUUUCGUCAGGGUUGAAGGGCAUAUUACAAAAACUGACUAGGUUUGGAGAGAGCUAUUUCAGACUCAAGAGGUCAAGUUUAAAAGGUAUCUUCGUCACUUUCAUCCUGGGAAGAGACCCCAAAGAUCCUCAAGAGGAUGCAAAUGUAUCACCGUCCAGUAUGAAUUGUCCAUGCCACCUGUCAUUGUUGUGUAUUUGUAACCUCUCGAAUUGUUCUUGAUCUGAAUGUACCUGAUUUUUUUUUUCAUUAAUGUUGAAGUUGCGAUGUGUAUUUAGUGCCUGUAUUAAUUAAUUUGUAAUCAAUGCUUCGCA